AGAUAGAGACGGUGCUCUCAACAAGGAUCCAGGUAAUGAUUUCAUACAGACAGGCACCUUCCAGAAUAAGGAGACAGUCCAUGUCUACCCAAUUCCUGUCCCGGCCUCUCUGAGCUAGAAGAAGACAUAAGCAAAAAAAUGGACAAAGAUGAAGAGGCUUUGAAGGCAGCUCAAGCAGAACUCAAGGAGGCCCGACGCCAGUGGCACCACCUGCAAGUGGAAAUUGAAUCUCUCCAUGCUGUGGAAAGGGGCCUUGAAAACUCCCUACAUGCCAGCGAGCAGCAUUACCAGAUGCAGCUGCAAGACCUAGAGGCUGUGAUUGAAGGACUAGAAAAAGAGCUACAGGAAGUAAGGCGCGGCAUCGAAAAGCAGCUUCAAGAGCAUGAGAUGCUUCUCAACACGAAGAUGAGGCUGGAACAAGAAAUAGCAACUUAUCGCCGCCUCCUAGAAAAAGAAGAAAUCAGAUAUUAUGGUUGUAUCCAAGGUGAGAAAAAAGACAAAAAGCCUACCACAAGUAAAGUUGGUUUUGUUUUACCAUCAGCCAUUAUAAAUGAAAUAUCUUUUACUACAAAAGUCCCACAAAAGUAUGAGAAUGAAAACGUAGAAACAGUGACCAAACAGGGAAUCUUAAAUGGGAGUAUCGUUAAGGAGAGCACUGAAGCUCAUGGCACUGUCCAGACAGAGAAAGUGGAUGAAGUUAUUAAAGAAUGGGAAGGUUCUUUCUUUAAAGAUAACCCUCGAUUGAGGAAAAAAUCUGUUUCUCUUCGAUUUGAUCUUCAUUUAGCAGCCACUGAUGAAGGGUGUUUACAGACUAAGCAGGAUAAUCUACCAGAUAUAGAAGUCAGGCUUAUCAUGAGAAGAUCAUGCAGUAUUCCCUCUAUCAAACCUCCAUCAACAGCUGAUUAAUCCAAAGAUAGUAUUUGACUUGAUUUGAAAAUAUUAGGAUGGACCAAGGUGGGCUAUACCAACUCCCUCUGUCCCAAAAUGUAAGUUAUUACAUAUGUAUGGAAGAUGUUAUGAUCAAUAUGUGGUUCUCUUCAGAAGAAAAAACCAGCAAAGGACAUUUCUCUGAAUCUAAUUAUGGAGAUAGACAUAUAUGAAUGAGAGAGAGUAGCUUAAAAAUAAAAUCACAAAUUCAGUACAGUCUAUUUCUUUAUAUUCUCCAAACAGUCUUCUUUUUCCCUUGAAACUUCAUCAGAGACUGUAAGCAUUUAACUGGUUUAGUGAAGUCUUUGUAAUUUUUUUCAAUGGUUGAAUAUGCUAAGGAAAAAAAGAAUUGUUUAAAUAAGAUUGUAUUAUGUUAAGAGUCACACUGAGUUAUUCACCAUUAUUCAAUGUCUGGUUAAACCUACAGUGUGUUCUAUUUUUCAAAAAGAGCAAUUAUAAACAAGUUUUUAAAGGAGGAUUCACUAGUCACUUAAUGAGGAUUCUUCUUUUUGAGAUAAUCAUUUGUAUACUGAAAGAAAUAAGAGUUAUUUCCAUGAGAAAUUCUGAGCAAACUAUGGAACACACCCCAAGGCUAAUUUGAGAUAAGUAAAAUUAAGUUAAUCUACAUAUAUCUAGAAGAUUUUUUUUGUAAUAAGUAUCUGAUUCCCAGAAGAUUUACUUUACUCAAAGAACUUUAAAGGUUGUAUCCCCCACC